AUGCCAGUCACAUCAGUUGAGAUUGUGCAACUAUUCUUCAAAACAACAUAUGUUUCUUGGACGUUUUUUAGACAAUUCCUAUUCCCAAUUCUCGACAACCCGAAAUCGAUGAUAAGUCCUUCGACGACAACAACACCACCACCAUCUAAUAAUCGAUCACGCGUUAAACUUUACAUUCUAAACGAAGAACGACAAUGGGAUGAUCGGGGUACAGGUUUUGUGACGUGUGUACCACCCACUGAACCCAAUACGAAUCAUUCGAUUGUUGUCAAGUCAGAAGUCGAUGAUUCGACCUUGUUAGAUUCGAAAGUUCUACAAAAUACAAAAUAUCAAAAGCAACAAGAAACAUUGAUCGUCUGGUCCGAAGAAGACAAAUACGACUUAGCAUUGAGUUUUCAAGAAAAAGCCGGUUGUGAUGAUGUUUGGGAAAGCAUUUGUGAUGUACAAGGCAAGGAUUCGUCAUCGUUUCUAAAUAAUACCACAGUACCAUCAGAUUCCAAUGGUUCAUCAAUAUACGAAUCUGACGAUGACUGUGCUGGGGAAUCGACUGAGAGUUAUCUUUCCUCAACAAUCAACCUUCCACCCGUAGAUCUAACACAUUUACGUGAUAUUUGUGAUCUCUUCAGUCCAGAGAAAGUUCGUGAUGCAUCACGACGUGAUCUCUUAGCACGUGCAAUCGAGUCUGGAAACUACAUUCGUAAAUUGAUCGAUCUCUUUCACAUGUGCGAAGAUUUGGAAAAUAUCGAUUCAUUACAUCAGAUCUAUGAUAUUAUUCGUGCGAUAUUCUAUUUGAACAAGUCAAGUUUAUUUGAAAUUUUAUUCAGUGAAGAAUAUAUUCUCGACGUGAUCGGUUGUUUGGAAUAUGAUUCGCAGUUAAGAUGUAAUGAAAAACGAAAUCAUCGAGAAUUUCUGGAUAGAAAAGCAACGUUCAAAGAAGUGAUCCCGAUCGGAAAUCAAGAAUUACUAUCAAAAAUCCAUCAGACAUAUCGCGUACAGUACAUUCAAGAUGCAAUUCUUCCAGCGCCGAGUUUAUUCGAAGAGAACUUACUAUCAACCAUGAAUAGCUUUCUAUUUUUUAAUAAAGUCGAUAUCGUCACAUUCUUAUACGAAGAUGCCAAGUUUCUCAGUCAGUUAUUUUCAACAUUGAAGGACGAAAAUUUAUCAGAUGACAAACGCAAAGAUCUUAUGUUAUUCUUAAAAGAAUUCUGUGUCUUUUCACAGACAUUACAACAACAAAGUCGAGAUAAUUUCUUUCAAGCACUUGCAACUCAUGGGAUUCUAAAUGUAAUCCAAGUAAUGCUCAAUCUUGAUGAUACAACAACCAAACAAGCAGCGUUGGAUGUCUUUGCUUCGAUAGUUGAAUGUAAUCCAUCAACAGUACGUGAGUAUAUGCUACAAGAAACUCAAUCCAUCCAAGAUGAUGAUGAACUACUGCUCAAUCUCGUUAUCAAUGAAAUUCAAAAUGAUCCCGAUCCAGAAUUGAGUGGUGCAUUAAGUUUAAUGGAUUGUUUAAACAAGUUAAUUCAUCCAGAGAAUAUGAUAGCCGUAUCCAUAAGUGAAAAAACGGAAUUUCUAUUGUUCUUCUAUCAUCGUUGCAUGUCGGUAAUGCUCGCUCCAUUGAUGGCAAAUACAUCGGAUCUGAAAUUAGUUCGCGAUGAUUUUCAUAUUGCUCAGUUACAAAACUUAAUUCUGGAUUUCGUCACAUUCUGUAUCGAACAUCAUACGUAUCAUAUGAGAAAUUUUUUGUGCAAAAAAGAUCUCUUACGACGUGUGUUAGUUCUGCUGAAAUCUAAACAUCAAUAUCUUCAAUUGAGUGCACUACGAUUCUUUCGAAAGAUUAUCGGAUUGAGAGAUGAACAGUAUAAUCUAACCAUAGUUGUCAAUAAUUUAUUUGCACCGAUUGUCGAUGCAUUUAAAAAGAAUAAACGACGAUACAAUUUAUUGAAUUCAGCUAUUAUCGAAUUGUUCGAAUACAUUCGACAGGAAGAUAUCAAAACUUUAGUUCAUUUUUUUGUGGAAAAAUUCUACUCAGAUUUUGAAUCAGUAACUUAUGUAAAAACAUUUCGUGAUUUGAAAUUACGGUAUGAUGCUCACCGAGAUAGAAAAGAACGAAUGCUCAACGACAAUUCAUCAUCAACUAAUUCACGUUUACAUGACAAUGUGACGAACAGUCUACCUGUUCAUCAGUCCCAACGUCAUCGAAAAGAUGAUCGAGAUCUUGAUGAUGAUGAAGAAAAUUGGUUCAAUGAUGACGUUGAUGAAAAUCGCAUCUCAUCUUUGAAUCAUGGCGCAUUGUUUAAUAGCGGUUCGGAUGAUGAAGAUAGUCAAUCAGAAACUAAUGGAACAGCGAGUGCAAUUUCAACAACUGAACCCACUCGUUUACAUCGUCGUCCGUUAGAUAACGAUGAUGAUGAAUUGCCCAGCGCAUCUGCAGAAACGCCAUCGCUACCCAUACGCUCUCACUACAACAAACCUGUAAUCAGUAUUCAUAUUCGACGCUCCCCUAUAUCAUCUGUGGGACAAUUAUCACCAUCGUCAUCCACAACAUCGAUGAAUAACGAUAAUGAAUCAACGACACUUCAUGUUGAUAUUCCAUCAACAACGAAUGGAUCUCCCACGUCAUCGUUGAUACCUCGACCAAUCACACCGACAGAAUCUACAUCUACAUUUGCGAUGAGUCCUGGUUUAACAAGUAUAGCUGAUCAAUACACUGACGAUGAAGAUCAGAAAGAAGACGAUGACAACGAAGAAGAAAUCGAAAACGACGUGAAUAUGAAAUCAAUUCAAUUAAAUGAAAAUAAUAAUAGUGAUGAUGACCAAUUAUCUGCAUUGGCAUCCAAUAGUGAAAGCACAUCUGCACCCAAUGAUACGAAUCUGGAACAAAUAAAAGUUUUUAAGCGUAGUAAUGAGCAAUCUACAACAUGA